AGCUGUCAGCGCGUAAUUCCGCACUACUCAUACAUAUUAGCAGUAAAUUGUAUUUUUGCCAGCAGUAUUCGUUAUAAGCAAUGGCCUUCAAUUUUACCGCAUUCACGUAUAUAGUUGCAUUAAUUGGCGAUGCAUUUUUAAUUUUCUUCGCAAUUUUUCAUGUCAUUGCGUUCGAUGAGCUAAAAACAGAUUACAAAAAUCCAAUUGACCAAUGUAAUAGCCUUAAUCCGCUGGUGUUACCUGAAUAUUUGUUGCAUAUAUUCUUAAAUUUGUUAUUCCUGUUCUGUGGGGAGUGGUUCUCACUAUGCAUCAACAUACCAAUCAUAGCCUAUCAUAUUUGGCGCUAUAAAAAUCGCCCCGUCAUGUCUGGACCUGGCUUAUAUGAUCCCACCACGGUGCUUAAGACAGAUACGUUAGCGCGUAAUAUGCGAGAAGGUUGGAUCAAGUUGGCUGUUUACCUGAUUAGCUUUUUCUACUAUAUAUACGGCAUGGUAUAUUCGCUCAUCUCAACAUAGAGCAUAUGAAAGGGCGUUUGCCUGGGGACCGGGAUCUCAUUGUUGGCACUAGCGCAUCUACAUCAGCAUUGUUCAAGUUGUCAUAGUGUGUGCCCUCACGAUAAUCCCUGGGCUGUGUCCUACAAAGCGAACAAUAUUUUUGGGGGGGUAUCAAAUCAUAAUGCGAUCCAUUAAAAAAGACAUCUCCAGCAUAUGUUAAUAUUUUUUGUGUACUUUUUGCAGAUGUGUAACGUUCAAUUUUAUAACAUUAAUUAGUAGCAUUCUGUUAUGAUUUCGCCGGGUAACAAUAAAGUAACAAAUAU